AGUUAAAAAUACUCGUAACUAAAAUAAAUGUACCCACUCCAGUUCAAAAACGAUGUAGACAUUAUCUCGUCAUAUUAUUGUACGUAUAUAGCUAUUAUACUGGACAACAUCUGCAUUUGGAUUGUACCAAAUGAAACAAAAUGAUAUAAGGUAGUAGAGCAGGUACCUAUCACACUCACCUAUAUAGAUACAGGGUGGCCACUUUUUUAAUGGGAUUGUAUCGAUGUUGGUCAAACUUCUUUCGAUUUGGCUGCUCUUCAUUCACUCCUCCUGGGAGAUGAUCCCAGAUGAUGAUAGCAGCUGCUACCAGCAGUGUUUUCAUCAACCUCCCGAAGCUUGUCCGAAUCCUGGAAGUGCCUGCAGAUGUCGUCAGUUGACGAACUGUAAGAGAGCUGCGGUCUGUUGUGAUAUAAACGAUGAUAAUUUCCAGGAUGCCUUGAAGUGUGGAAAUUUCACUGCUGACAGUGUGGAGGCGCUUCACAUCCGCAACGCGACCUUGGACGAACUCAACAUUUCUCUGCCUCUGUGGAGGCGGCUGAGACUGAGGUACAUGACCAUAACCGAUGGCCACAUCAGGAGUGUUGCUGGCGAGUUUGCCAAGCAUUCUGUCGUGUCUUGCCUGAAUUUGUCUUCCAAUGGGAUCGGCAAAUUCGAACGCAGAGCUCUGGUUUACCUCCACAACCUCAGCUUCUUGGAUUUGUCCCGGAAUAAUUUGUCGGAAGUGCCUAGUUUCAAGAUGGAGGGGCCAAUGAAACUGGAUAUAUCAGAAAAUCCAUCAAUGAUGUGCUCGAGUGUUCAGAAAGCCUUGAAUAGGUCGGAUAUCACAUUUAUCAAGGAGAAUUCGACUGUAUGCUUCAAAUCGACGGAGUAUCAUUGGUUCAAUUCAACAGAUAUCAUAGAGUUAUCACAACUGAAAAGGUUACAAGAGAUAGAAACAGAGUGUUACAAGAACUGUACUUGCAAACCGCACAGAUUAGAUAUAGUCAUGGGAAAAUCUCCUACUUUCACUGUAGCCAUGAAUUGCUCAGGAGCCAAAAUGCUCUCUCUCCCUGUACCAUUACCGUUGAAUACUGAUACACUAGAUGUUUCCAAUAAUAAUAUAACCUCAUUGAAGGAGCUUAGUCAUGAGUCAUAUCAACAUCUGAUGUUCCUAUACGCUGAUAAUAAUCAAAUUCGUUCCAUACAGCCUUUGGAAGGCACCAAAUUCAUGAGUAAUUUCGACACUCUGAGUUUGAGGAAUAAUAAAAUCAAGACGAUUGAAACAUAUUUGCUAUCCAACAUACGGUUUUAUAGAACUGACAGUACACGCCACAUGAAUUUGGGAUUGAACAAAUUGACUUGUGAUUGCAGUACAGCCAGAGAUUUUAAGGUAUGGCUAUUGACUAAGUUCGAGCACAUAAGGGACUACGAAGAGUUGUGGUGCGACAACAUGAACGUCAGAGUGAUCGAUCUGGAUGAAACGAAACUGUGCCAGGGAGAACAGGAGUGGACAGACUACAUCUACUACGUGAUAACGGUCGAAGUUCUUCUGCUGGUCGGCCUCAUCGCCAAAGUGUCUUACGACUACUGGGUGUUCAAAACGUCCGGGUAUCUUCCGUGGCCUGCCAGCAAAAUGCCUAAGCUGCCUUGCGAUUGGCUGUGCGAAUGA